UCUUGUUUUAUCAAUAACACAUCUCUACAUUGGUGAGAUUUUGAAAUGAGCGAAUGACAAAGCAGGACAUGCCCUGCUAACAACAAAGAAUGAUAACAACUUUGAAUGCUAACAGUGCGGCUAAUGGCCAUAGCUGCAAAUGUCAAAUUUUUAAUAGAUUUUUUUUCUGUCCAGCCACUCAGGUAAAUCGUAUUGUUGCUGUAGAUGCCCAUAUCUGCUGUACAGAUUUACUUUACAAAAGAGAAGUGUGGGAUACUUCUCUUGUUGCCUUAUGUGUAUUUUGACUUUAUUGAAUGGAUUUAUUUAAUAUUUGGUACAGCCGGACCAGAGCAGGAGGAGAAAGAGAAGAAAAAAAGGAAGACAGUCGGGGAAAUUGCGGGGACUCAAGACAACAACAGAACACCAUCAGCAAAUACGGAUGGCUCCAUGAGCUGGGCAAACGCCUGGAGAUGCCCUACGUCAACAACACGGUCGGCGGCCCGUCGGUGCGCAGCUCGUACAUCGCCGCCCUCUACUUCACCCUCAGCAGCCUGACCAGCGUCGGCUUUGGCAACAUGUGCGCCAACACGGACGCCGAGAAGAUCUUCUCCAUCAGCGGUAUGCCGGACGCCUCGUAUGGAAUAACGUGAUUGGGCAGGCACGCUGUUUAUAUCGUGGGAAAGCGGACGUGAAAAAAGGCUGUCCUCACUCAGGUUCAAAGCAUCUGUAAAUGUCCUUGAGUGGCUAAGCCAUA